CUAACUAGCUAAUGGGACUCUGGGAUUGAGAAGCACAGAGAGCGUAAAAAACAAUGGAUGUCUCGAGUGGCAGAUGUACUAUUGUUAACAAGGUCGCUUGCGGCAGCUGCGUCGCCCGCGUGUUGUGGAAUUUGCAUAUGGUGUAGCACAUUUUAUAUCUACUCGGUACUUUAAAUAGUCGGUUUUUGAAAAUUAAAGGUGCCCCCGAAAGGCUCAUUUGUAGCCACUGACGGAUUAAAUCGGGAUUCUUGUGCCUCUGCGUGACGGCGAACAUGGUUUUAGCACGAGUCAUCAUGGAACAAACAAUGGUCGAAAUAUAAAAACAAUACACAUCUGGCUCUCGCGCGUUUGUUGACGGGCUGUCACAAAUCUGUCAAUUGUUUGAAGGGCAAGUCGAGGCGAGUUCACUCACAAGUGUGUUAUCUACUUGUACCACGCGGUCUUGGAAAUUACGUAUCGAUUUCAUUUGAAACGCGUAUUGGCCUCUGUUGUGAACCAUUGUGGGAACAAAAUACUUUCGCAGAAAGAGUUAAAGAGCUUUGUGUCCUGAACUCAACGGAAGUUUAACAUGGUAGAAGAAGCACAAAUGGCUGAGGGAAAUUGUUCUGAUAGCGACAAAGGAGACAAGGUUACAGUGGUUACGAUUGAGGACGAAGGAUCAGAUUUUACGCCUAGAGACUGUAUUGAAACCGAUCUUCCUCUAGAACAAGAGGAGGGAGGAAGUGGAUCUUAACAGGGAAAAAUAAUCAGUCGACAGAGGAGGGAGAAUGACGAUGCAAAAAGUGAUGAAAUCCAAAAAGCGGAACACAACAGCUCUACUUCCGCGCAACUAGAACAGUUAGAUAACUCAGCAGAGGGCUGUUAUGACGAACAACCAAAUGGAGAGAAUAUGACAAAAAGAGCUCCUGCGAUAGAAACUGACAAACUGAGCAAAAAUCCUGGUCUAACACUGACGGCAACGGCCGCCAUAGAGGAAAAAGAAGAGGUACUUGAAGAUGAUACCACUAUCAUAAAUUUUGCGGACCAGCCUGAAAGUGUAUGCAUCGAGAUGGAGAGUGUACCAGAUACAGACAGGAAUAAUACUGAAAACAGUUGUGAUAAGUCACCACCGGACACGACGACUUUAUACUUCUCUGAGAGCGACAGCGCAGAGGUUGAAAGCGACGUUUGUAGGAUAUGCCACAGUAACGACGAGAUGGAAAUUUUAAUCAGUCCCUGUUUGUGUACUGGUUCUGUUAAGUUCGUUCAUCAUUCGUGUUUAAUGAGCUGGUUACAGAGAGUUGUUAUGAGUAAAUGUGAACUGUGUUUGUACCCGUUAGCGGUAAAACGAAAGAGGAAGCCGUUUAGCAAGUGGCGUCUCCCAGAAGACAAGCCCUUCCCUAUACUGUGGUUGUUAACAUUUGUCGUGGCUAUGACGCUGAACGUGGCCUCCAUAGCUAAAGACGGAAGCCAGAGGUGUGUGUCUAAUCCUUGUAUCAUUUUCUACGUGGUGGGUUCCGCUGGAGCGCUCCUGGGAUUGGCUUUCUUCUACCGCUGGCUGCGUAAGACCGUGCGAUAUAUCUCCAAAUGGAUUGCUCUCAACCAAGAAUGGACUUUGGUGGGUCCACCAGACCUGAGGACUCAGAUGGGGCAAGCAAAUCUCGCCUACUCCACGAAAUCGCUUUCAGAGACUGAUACAACUCGAGAACAGAUCGCGUAGUCAAUGGUAUUUCAAUAUUAGAAGACAAACCUGUCUUUCUUUACGCCUUGGGUUCUGAGUGGUUUUUAACGAAAAACAGCUUCCACUGUAAGUCGUAUUCCUGACAUUCCCAGAAAAACUUUGUUUAUUCGAGUUUGUUGAUUACGCCUUUAAUGACUUUGAAGACUGUUAUUUCUGUCUCCCGUUGGUUUUCACUGUUGGUUUCCCGUUGGUUUUCACCAGUAUCCCGUUACUCGAAAGUCCCGAUAACUAAACGAGCCCUAAGUCAUGUUUUAAAAUCGAAAUUUCAAAGAAUAGAGAAGCAGGUUCUGGCACCAUAACCAGUCCAGUUUUUUCUUUAGGUGAUAGUUUAUUGCAUGAUUUUAAGUAAUUUUGAAACCCUCACCUUGAAUGGAAACAAAACAGUAUCAUGGGCUUGUUAAGUUACCGGGACCUUCGAGAAAUGGGCCCCAGGCCACAGAGAAUAAUCCGGAGAUUUCAAAGAUCUCCUGAACAAAAAAUAUAGGUAGUAUAGUUUAAAUUUCUAGACACUUCAACUUUCUAAUAUAUUUUCAAACGUUAAGUUCUUCAACUUCACUUGUACAGCCCAUCCACUGACGUUAUAAACAAUUUUAAGAUAUUAAAUUAUACUUAAAUUAUUGAAAGAUCUAAGAACAAUGCAAGCCUGAUACAGAAUGAAAACUACGUUCACAAUAUAUUUUGAAGAGUGAUAAUUUAAAGAAAAGUAUAACCGAAGUUUAUAAUUAUUGUUAAAGAAACUAUAUUUCAAAUGUUUACGAUUACUGUAUAUGUGUUGGUUGAGUUUUGAAUAAAAUGGGAAAAGCGCAACAAA